UUUAAGUCUAUGCUCUAUGUAUCCAUAAUCAAAACAAAUACUUAAAAGGCUUUUAUUUAUUUUUAUUUUUGAAUAAUGUGGAAAGAACUACAAAAAUCUCCAGCAUUUUUCUUAUUAUUGGUUAAAGGACUACGAUCUCACAUUCUUAUUACAGACUAUGUUAGAAUAUGGGAAGUAUACUAUACUGAAGAUGAGUUCAUUACUAGUUUUAAGGAAAAUAACCAUCUUUUAGAAAUGGAUAAAAAUGAGCUGUUAGAAAAAGGAUUUGAAAUGCUGGAGGAUCUGACUAAAGUAAAGAGCAUUAAAAUUUCAAUUGAUGAACAAGUACUCACAGUUUCUAUGACAAGAUUAUUAAUGCCAUUAAGAUUAAAUCUUGUGUUAAAAGAAGGAUCCAAAGAAUUGCCUGCUACAAAUUGGCCUUGUGACCAGGCUUCUCUGAGGUUUUUUAACAAAAUUACACAACCAGCUUUAAAAACCAUACAAGAUUUGAGGAGUAGUCAAGACGAGUUACGCAGAAUGCUUUUCACUAAAGAUGAUGAGAUUGAGGAAUACAAGUCUUUUGGAGGGAAAAUUAGAUAUACUGCAAUAGCACCAUACAAUGAUGCUGCACAUAUGAAAAAACAUUGUUUGUACAAAGAUAACUAUGGUGAUUCUGAAAUAUCACCUGAUGUUUUGGUUAAAACUGUGGACUUACCUAAAGAAAACCCUAAAAUCAAAGAAGAAAUAAUUGAAACUAAAAUAUCAGCAAAGUUGGAGCCGGUGUCACAGGAGAUGAAUUUACUGAGUGUAACAUCACAAUCAAAUACUGUUAAAAAAGAGAAAAUCAAAACUGAGUCUCAACCAGCAAGAAAGAGGAAAUUGAAUCUUUGAUACUUUAUUAAUAUAAUGAUAUAAGAAUAUUUCUUUGAUGGCUAAUUUACUGGUUAUUGUUUUGUACGCUGAAACAUAACAAUACAGUAUCUAGGCAACUCAGAAAGCUUUAAGACAGUAUAAUAGGAGAUCAAUUAAUUGAUAUACCAACUUCUACUGACAAAUAUUACCUUAUACAAAAAAUAAAUAAUCCAAUGUUGUUUGAUAGAUAGAGUUGAGAGAAAAAAAAACAGUUUAAUAUUAUGUAAAAAAAAACACUAUAAUAAAAUUGUAUUUAUUACACAUAAAGAACUAGUCCAGUUGUGCCACUGAGGUGUUAUUCAUUGGAGCAGUUUUUUGGUAGUAUCUUGCUUUCCUUAACAUUAAUGAUGUGAUGUAUUAUAACAAAACAUACUAAAUUGACCUAUUUUUUUAUAUUUUAAUACAAAUGCGUUUAAUGAACUUAUAUCUGCAAUCAAGCUACAAUAUUUUUAAAGGCUUAAAUACAAUAUGGGCAUAAAGUAUUCUUGAAAGUUCGGUUAUAGUCAAUCUACUCCGGGAAGACUAUUUAGCUCUGGAUGUAUCUAGCGGUAACAAAAAGACAGGCCGCGUUCAUGAUAUAAACUAAAGCUUCGUUUCGCUAAGCAGGUUGACUUGCAGUUUGAACUAUUAAAACUGAAUGAUGUGUCGCAUACAAUGUAUUUUUCUUUGUAUAGUGCGUGCAUGCAAGUGCGUUCACUGAUCCGCAUCGUACGGAUCGUAUUGAACGGAUUUUAUAUACCGUAAAAUUAAAAAUCCGUUUUAUGCGAUGCGUCCGAUACGUACGAUGCGGGUCUAUGGGCGCCUACGUUUACACACCAACACGCUUUUUCAACUGUCUACUGUCAGACAUUUGUCUGUACACCUUGCCACUAGGUACACUAAACACCAAAUAGACUUCCUAAAGUAGACAAACUAUACUAUAUUUAUAAUUUACAAAUAUGAAAUGAUUGUGUUAUGAAAUAUUGUACAGUGAAUAAUAUAUUUAUAUUUGUCAUGUUGAA